AUGUGGCAACCUCCGGCAGACUCUGGCGGGGCCUUGGUGGAUUUUUAUCGAGUCCAAGCAGAUGAUGGCCUUGGUGGUGCCUUUCAAGAUGUUGCGGUGGUUGCUGGCACUUACACCACAGUGGAGUAUUUGACCAAGGGGCGACCCUAUCGAUUUCGGGUGGCUGCAGAGACGGUGGUCGGCACUGGACCUUACACGUCCGUCUUCCAGCAGGUGGUAGCAGCAGUACCUGGGAAUCCCCAAACACCUUUGGUGGAGACCGUUCCUGGAUACAUGGACCGCGUCCAAGUGACCUGGAACGAGCCCUCGGACAAUGGAGGAUCACUGACGCUGGGUUACAAGGUGACCUUUGAUGGCCAGUGCGAUCGAUAUGAUGGCACCAGUGUCUCCGCUCUGACAUCGGUCCAAAUUAUUUGCUCUACUGGCCGGCAUCACCUCAUCACUGUAUCUGCGAGAAACAUUGUGGGUUGGGGUGGCCCGAGCCCAUCGGUCUCUCGAGUCUGUGGCGCCGAGCCCUCCGCACCAGUGGAUUUGCGGCUGAAGAUGAGCUCCCCAUCAACGCCUUUGGAUAUGGUGGAUCAGCGAACCCCUAGCUCAAUGACAUUGACAUGGGAUGAACCGACGCUGAAUGGUGGAGCAGAGGUGAAGUCCUACCAGCUUUACCGUGAUGCAGGUGAUGCAUCGGGCAUCUACACUUUGACUUAUGUGGGAACCUCCCGCAGCGCCAGCAUCAGCUCCUUGACCAACGGCCGCACCUACCGCUUCUACGCCGUGGCCGUGAACGACGUGGGCGCCGGCGAGCGCACGGCCGUCUUCGCGGCCGAGAUGCGCUGCACGCCGCGCACGUUGGUGGCGGCGCCCUACAAGGAC